GUUAUUUACGCACAUUUAUUUUGCUUAUUUACAACUCUUCUGCCCUCAGUGAAGCACUUAGCCGAGAGGUUGCAUUGCAUUUUUGGCCAAUUAAUAUAUAAAUAACUAAUAAAAACAUUAGCAAAAUGACCGAAGAAGUAAGCCCAAAAGCAUUCCCGCUCGCUGAUGCCCAGCUCACAUCAAAAAUCAUGAAUUUAUUGCAACAGGCAUUAAAUUACAAUCAACUUCGCAAAGGAGCUAACGAAGCCACUAAGACACUAAAUCGUGGUCUUUCCGAUAUAAUUGUAAUGGCUGCUGAUACAGAACCCAUCGAAAUUCUACUACAUUUACCACUGCUAUGCGAAGAUAAAAAUGUUCCCUAUGUGUUUGUACGUUCCAAGCAGGCACUAGGUCGUGCAUGUGGUGUAUCAAGACCGAUUGUUGCUUGCUCUGUUACAACAAAUGAUGGUUCGCAACUCAAAUCACAAAUCCAAUCAAUUCAACAUGAAAUAGAAAGACUUCUAGUAUAAAGUGAUAUUUUCGUUAUCACAACAAUUAAGAUGUACAAAUACAUACAUACAUGGUAUUUUGAAUGAUAGAAAUUAAA